GAAAUUGAGCUCAGGUGCAUCCUGUUUCCAUUGAUCAUCCUUGAGAUGUUUCUACAACUUGAUCCACCUGUGGUAAAUUACAUUGAUUGGACAUGAUUUGGAAAGGCACACACCUGUCUAUACAAGGUCCCACAGUUGACAGUGCAUGUCAGCGCAAAAACCAAGCCACAAGGUCGAAGGAAUUGUCUGUAGAGCUCCGAGACAGGAUUGCAUUGAAGGUCUCCAAGAACACAGUGGCCUCCAUCAUUCUUAACUGAAAGAGGUUUGGAACCACCAAGACUCUUCCUAGAGCUGUCCGCCCAGCCAAACUGAGCAAUCGGGGGAGAAAGGCCUUGGUCUGGGAGGUGACCAAGAACCCGAUGGUCACUCUGACAGAACUCAAGAGUUCCUCUGUGGAGAUGGAAGAAUCUUCCAGAAGGACAACCAUCUCUGCAGCAGUCCUUUAAUCAGGCCUUUAUGGUAGAGUGUCCAGAUGGAAGCCACUCUUAACUAAAAGGCACAUGACAGUGCAUUUGGAGUUUGCCAAAAGGUAUCUAAAGACUCUCAAACCUGACACCACACCUACGUUGAAGCAUGGUGGUGGUAGCAUCAUGCUGUGGGGAUGUUUUUCAGCAGCAGGGACUGGGAGACUAGUCAGGAUUGAGGCAAUGCUAAACGGAGCAAAGUACAGAGAGAUCUUUGAUGAAAACCUACUCCGGAGGGGUCAGGACCUCGGACUGGGGAGAAGGUUCACCUUCCAUCAGGACAACGACCCUAAGCACACAGCCAAGACAAUGCAGGAGUGGUUUCCGGACAAGUCUCUGAAUGUCCUUAAGUGGCCCAGCCAGAGCCUGGGCUUGAACGCGAUCAAACAUCUCUGGAGAGACCUGAAAAUAGCUGUGCAGCAAUGCUCCCUAUCCAACCUGACAGAGCCUGAGAGAAUCUGCAGAGAAGUAUGUCUGAAACUCCCCAAAUGUUUUAUUUUGCCUUUAUUUAACUAGGCAAGUCAGUUAAGAACAAAUUCUUAUUUUCAAUAAUGGCCUAGGAACAGUUACCGGUGUGCCUAGCUUGUAGCGUCAUACCCAAGAAGACUCAAUGCUGUAAUCACUGCCAAAGGUGCUUCAACAAAGUACUGAUUAAAGGGUCAUAAUACUUAUGUAAAUGUGAUAUUUCAGUUUAUUGUUAAUAAAUUAGUAAACAUUUCUAAACAGUUUUUGCUUUGUCAUUAUGGGGUAUUGUGUGUAGAUUGAUGAGGGGGAAAAAAACAAUUUCAUUCAUUUUAGAAUAAGGCUGUGGAAAAAGUCAAGGUCUAAAUACUAUCCGAAUGCAUGUAAGAACAAAAUAUUAAAUCCGUUCUGUAUUUGAGCUCUUCCAUAUUAUUUUGUCUUUCCAAAGUUUAGAAUCCCAGGCCAACUCUAAGCGAGGAACUUUUUCAACUUCUCACUCUAUUCUUAAUGUGCACCAAUGGCAGACUGGACAUGUCCCGGUGGUCUGAGGCUCGUUUUGGCCUGCGGUGAAUAGUCAAUUUGACCACAGCUAUAAUAUAGCAAGCCGGAAUGAGUUGACGGAGAAUCCACGCAUCAGGCACGUCUCUCACUCACUCGCUGCAGUGACAUCAGGUCUCUCCGCAACGCACAUAGCAACCGUCUCCGUGCCUCUUACAGAUAACAUUUUUUUAGACAAGUCUCACGGCGAAAUGGACAGUCAGAAGAGGAAAGGUGGAGCAGAGAGGGAGAGAAUAAAAAGAGAAAGGCCCUUGCCACAGACCCUGGAAAAUAAGCAACAUGUUCGCCAGUAAGGGACCAGGUGUACACCUACAAGCAGAAUGCCCUCACCAGACAGAAAGUGCAGCCCAUGCACCCCAGCAGCUCAGGGGGAGUGGAGGAUAUGGCCAGCCUGGAAGACCUUCAUGACGGGGCCAUCAUGCACAACCUGUACCUUCGCUACCAGCAGAGGAACAUUUAUACAUACAUCGGCUCCAUCCUGGCUGCGGUGAACCCGUACCAGUCCAUCCCUGACCUAUACGACCGGCCGGCAGUGGAGAGGUACAGCCGACACCACCUGGGCGAGAUUUCCCCGCACAUCUACGCGGUAGCAAACGAGUGUUACCGUUCCCUAUGGAAGAGACUGCAGAACCAGUGUGUGUUAAUCAGUGGAGAGAGUGGAGCGGGUAAGACCGAGAGCACCAAGCUCAUCCUGAAGUUCCUGUCGGCUAUGAGUGAGCACUCCCUGGAGCUCUCCUCAACAGACAGGACGUCACACGUGGAGGAGGACCUCCUGGAGAGCAGCCCAAUCAUGGAAGCCUUCGGCAACGCCAAGACCGUCUACAACAACAACUCUAGCCGGUUUGGGAAGUUUGUUCAACUACACUUCUGUCAGAAGGGCAACAUCCAAGGCGGUAAAAUCGUGGACUACCUCCUAGAGAAGAAUCGAGUUGUUAGGCAGAAUCCAGGGGAAAGGAACUAUCACAUCUUCUAUGCACUUCUGGCUGGAACCAAUGCAGAACAGAGGGAGGCCUUCAGUUUUUCCCCACCAGAGAAUUACUACUACCUAAAGCAAUCUGGCUGUGUGGCAGACAAGACAAUCAACGACAAAGGCACUUUUCAGGACGUACUGAAUGCAAUGCGGACCAUGCAGUUCACAGAGGAGAAUAUCUGGGAGAUCCUUCGGCUCCUGGCGGGAAUUCUUCAUGCCGGGAAUAUCGAGUUUAUGACGGCCGGAGGAGCUCAGGUCUCUUCCAAAACAGCACUGGGCAGGACAGCAGACCUCCUGGGCCUGAACUCAGAACAUCUGGCCGAGGUGCUGACCCACAAGUCCUUGAUCCUACGGGGUGAGGAGAUCUGCACGCCCCUCACCGUUGAACAGGCGGUGGAUUCCAGGGACUCCAUGGCGAUGGCACUUUAUUCCCAGUGUUUCACCUGGAUUAUCCGGAAACUCAACAACCGUAUCCGAGGGAAAGAGGACUUCAAAUCCAUUGGCAUCCUAGACAUAUUUGGAUUUGAGAAUUUCGAGGUCAACCGCUUUGAGCAGUUCAACAUUAACUAUGCAAACGAGAAACUUCAGGAAUACUUUAACAAGCACAUCUUCUCGCUGGAGCAACUUGAAUACAACAAGGAAGGGCUUGUAUGGGAGGACAUCAACUGGAUGGACAACGGGGAAUGUUUGGAUCUGAUUGAGAAGAAACUGGGUCUCCUUGCACUGAUGAACGAGGAGAGUCAUUUUCCCAAAGCCACUGACGGCACUCUGCUGGAGAAGCUCCACAGCCAGCACUCGAAAAACCAAUUUUAUGUGAAACCACGCGUUGCUGUGCACAACUUUGGAGUGAGACACUAUGCAGGCGAGGUGGUGUAUGACGUGAGGGGCAUUCUGGAGAAGAAUCGAGACACUUUCAGGGAUGACAUCCUCAACCUGCUUAGAGAGAGCAGGUUGGACUUUGUGUACGACCUCUUUGAGCACGUCUCGAGCCGUAACAAGCAGGACACCCUCAAAUGCAGCUCCAAGCACAGGAGACCCACUGUCAGUUCCCAGUUUAAGAAUUCCUUGCACUCACUGAUGGCCAACCUCAGUACUUCGAACCCCUUUUUUGUGCGAUGCAUCAAGCCGAACACUCACAAGAUGCCUGAGCAGUUUGACCAGACGGUGGUGCUGAACCAGCUCAGAUACUCAGGGAUGCUGGAGACCGUAAAGAUCCGCCGUACAGGCUUCCCCAUCAGGAGGCCUUUCCAAGACUUCUGUACCAGGUACAAGGUGUUAAUGAGGACUGUGUCUCCACCAGAAGACCCAAGGGGACGGUGCGUACAGUUACUCCACCUCUACGACAGCACCAGUGCAGAAUGGGAGCUGGGGAAGACCAAGGUGUUUCUACGGGAGUCUCUGGAGCACAGGCUGGAGAAGCAGCGAGAGUUGGAGGUGCUCAAAGCAGCCAUGGUCAUUCAGGCUCACGUCAUGGGCUACAUGGCCAGGAAGCAGUACAGGAAGCUGCUGCAGUGCAUUGUGGUCAUUCAGAAGAACUACAGGGCGUUUUAUUGGAGGCGGAAGUUCUUGCUCCUGCGCUGGGCCGCUCUCACCUUCCAGAAAUGCCUGAGGGGCCAGUUGGGACGAAAGGUCUACUGCCAGCUCCUGGAUGAGAGGAAGAUGAUGGAGGAGGAUAAGAGGAGGAGGAGGGUGGAAGAGCUGGAUAGGGAAAAGAAGAGGCUGGAGGCUGAAUGGCUAGCACAAUAUGCAGAGAAAGCCAGGAAGGUUGAGGACCUCCAUCAGGCCCAAGAGCUAUACCUUCUGACUCAGACACAAACACGGACACAGAAAAAUACACAGACACAACAAGCAACAUUGCCAGCAACCCAGGCAGUGCAGCAACAGAUGAAUGAAAUGGAGUCUUGCAAAAUGUUUGAAGAGAUCUCUACUGAGGAGUUUUCCGAAGAGGCGGUGCGGACCCAGGACGCAUCCCAGGACGCCUCGCAGGUGGAGGAGAUCCUACGUCUGGAGCGGGAGAUCCAAGAGCUUCAGCGGCAGAAGGAGCAGCAGGAGCUGUCCCUGACCGAGGCCUCCCUCCACCGACUGCAGACCCUCCGUGACCAGGAGCUGCAGCGCCUGGAGGACGAGGCGUGCAAGGCCGCCCAGCAGUUCUUGGAGUCGCUCAACUUCGACGAGAUUGAUGAGUGCGUGCGCAAUAUCGAGUGCUCGCUGGGCGUGGAGGAGGAGGAGAAGAUAGGCGGAGAGAGGGAGGAGGGUGAGGAGGAGGAGGAGGUGGACGAAGGCUUUGGCGCUGAUGAUGAGGGAUACAAGGACUCACCCAACCCAAGCGAGCAUGGUCACUCAGAUGGCCAGCGCACCAGUGGCAUCCGCACCAGCGACGACUCAUCAGAGGAGGACCCGUACGCUAAUGACGGAAUGCAGAUCCCACUCCUGCCACCAAAUACACUACUCCACCAGCCACUGCCCCUGCUGCCACUGUUUCAAGCCUGCCACAGCGCCUCCUCUGGCGGGGACUCGGUCUACUGCCACCCCCAGGUUUCAGAGGCCCAGUCCGAUGAUCUGGUCGAGCUCAUUCCCCCGGAUGAAGACUCGGACUACGACCAGGAUGACUAUGACGAGGGGGCCAUAGUGUCCAGUGGCAGCAUGGCGUUCUCACAACCCUGCAAAGGGCAGUGGUCACCUGACUACCACGGCUCUGUGGGCACCUACAACAGUUCGGGAACCUAUCGCUUCAGCUCGGAGGGGGCCCAAUCAUCGUUUGAGGACAGCGAGGACGAUUUCAACAGGUUCGACAUGGACGAUGAGUUGUCCUACCGACGAGACUCGGUCUAUAGUUGUGUCACACUGCCAUACUUUCACAGCUUCCUCCACAUCAAAGGUGGCCUGAUGAACACGUGGAAGCGACGUUGGUGCGUGCUGAAGGACGAGACCUUCCUGUGGUUCCGCGCUAAGCAGGAGGCCCUGAAGCAGGGCUGGCUCCACAAGAAGGGUGGCGGCUCCUCAACGCUGUCACGCCGCAACUGGAAGCGCCGCUGGUUCGUCCUGCGCCAGAGCAAACUCAUGUACUUCGAGAAAGAUGGCGAGGACAAGAUGAAGGGCAUGCUUGACAUGCAUGCAGCCAAAGAGAUUGUGGACAACACAGGCAAGGAGAACGGAAUCGACAUCAUCAUGCCAGAACGCACCUACCACCUUAUUGCUGAGACCGCUGAGGAUGCAAGUCAGUGGUUCAGUGUGCUCAGCCAGGUGCACACCUCCACAGAGCAAGAGAUCAGGGAGAUGCACGACGAACAAGCCAACCCCCAGAAUGCAGUGGGAACCCUCGAUGUUGGCUUGAUCGAUUCAGUCUGUGCGUCAGACAACCCUGAACGGACCAACUCCUUUGUGAUGAUCACAGCUAACAGGGUGUUACACUGCACUGCCGACACUCCUGAAGAGAUGCAUCACUGGAUAACAUUGCUGCAACGUUCCAAAGGAGACACGCGUGUGGAGGGACAGGAGUUCAUCAUCAGAGGCUGGCUCCACAAGGAGAUGAAGAACAGCAGCAGAGCCUCUCUGAAGCUGAAGAAGCGCUGGUUCCUGCUUACCCACAACUCUCUGGACUACUAUAAAAGCUCGGAGCGCAACACCCUCAAGCUGGGCACCCUGGUGCUCAAUAGCCUGUGCUCAGUGGUGCAGCCUGACGAGAAGGUCUUCAAGGAGACAGGUUACUGGAACGUCACAGUUUACGGCCGGAAGCACUCGUACCGUCUCUACACCAAGCUCCUGAACGAGUCCACGCGCUGGGCCAGCGCCAUGCAGAACGUCAUCGACACCAAGGCCCCCAUCAACACCCCCACCCAGAAGCUCAUCCAGGACAUCAAGGAGAACUGUCUGAACUCCGAGGUGGUGGAGCAAAUCUAUAAGAGGAACCCCAUCCUGCGCUACAGCCACCACCCGCUCCACUCACCACUGCUGCCCCUGCCCUACGGAGACAUCCACAUCAGCUCCCUGAGGAACAAGGGCUACACGACACUCCAGGACGAGGCGCUCAAGAUGUUCAACUCGCUGCAGCACCUGGAGGGUGUUACUGACCCCGUGACCAUCAUCCAGGGUGUGCUGCAGACGGGCCAGGAGCUGAGGCCCCUGAGGGAUGAGCUCUACUGCCAGCUGGUCAAACAGACCACUCGCCCCCCACAGCCCUGCAGCCCUGGGAACCUGUGCAGCUGGAGGAUCCUGGCAUGCAUGUGCUGCACGUUCAUGCCAUCGCGCGGAAUCCUCAAGUACCUCAAGUUCCACUUCAAGAGGGCUCGGGAGCUCUUCCCGGGCAUGGAGAUAGAACGCUACGCCUCAUUCGGCCUGGAUUCCCUGAGGAAGACGCGUGGCCGGGAGUACGUACCCUCCCAGGAGGAGAUCCGGGCCGUGGUGGCGCGCCAGGAUAUGACCACCACAGUGCACUGCCAUGGCGGAGGCUCCUGCAAAAUCACCAUCAACUCUCACACCACCGCCGGAGAGGUGGUAGAGAAGCUAAUACGGGGCUUGGCCAUGGAGGACAGCAGGAACAUGUUCGCCCUGUUUGAGCACAAUGACACCACUGACAAAGCCAUUGAGAGCCGCACAGUGGUGGCUGACGUCCUUGCCAAGUUUGAAAAGCUCUCUGCAAGUCAAGAUGAGACCAAGACAGGCUGGAAGUUCUAUUUUAAGCUUUACUGCUUCUUAGACACAGAUAAUGUACCCAGGGACUGUGUUGAGUUUGCCUUCAUGUUUGAGCAGGCCCACGAGGCGGUGAUCAGAGGCCAUUACCCAGCCCCGGAGGAGACCCUCCAGUUCCUGGCUGCCCUAAGACUACAAUACCUCCUCGGAGACUACAACCCCCAAGCUACCGUGCCCGAAAUGUCUCAGGUGUUCCCAAUGACUCGGUUGCGUGCCCGCAUCCAACAUUCCGCCAAGACUUUCUCCCCGGCCACUGGUUUGGGCAUGGGGUCAGUGGUGGACCGUUCCGAUGGAACCUUGGAGAAGAAGCGCUCCAGCUUCUUGGAGGGAACGCUAAGGCGUAGUUUCAGGAGCGGCUCAAUGAGCCGCCAGAAGUUGGAGGAGGAGAACACGCUCGAGGCCUGGAUGAGGGAGGAGAUAGCGGCAGCGCGAGCCAGCCUGGUGGACAAGUGGAAGAAGCUGCAGGGGAUGAACCAGGAGCUGGCCAUGGUGAAGUACAUGGCACUGGUCAAAGAGUGGCCCGGCUACGGAUCCACGCUCUUCGAAGUGGAGUCCUGUGACGGGGCCUUUCCAGUGGAGCUGUGGCUGGGGGUGAGCAGGGAGGCCAUCUCGGUGUAUAAGCGUGGCGAACCCUGGCCCCUGGAGGUCUUCCCCUAUGAGCUCAUCCUUUCGUUUGGGGCCCCACUGCCAAAUGCCUACAAAAUAGCCGUGGAGGGCCGCGAACUGCUCUUCGAGACCAGUCUGGUUAUGGACAUUGCCAAGCUGAUGAAAGCAUACAUUAGCAUGAUCGUUAAAAAGCGCUACAGCAACUCUGCAUCCAUCAGCAGCUACGGUAGCCAGUGUAGCACCUGGUGAGGUGUCGUCCAAGACCUUUCACCUUUCAUCACUUAGCAGAGGGCUGGGGGAGGUUGAGUCCUGCGACAGCCUUGUCAGGACACCUUUCCCUCAGUGUUUUGGAGAAACGUGAUUUUGAACACUCUGGGCCAGACUGACUUUCUCAUGGCUCUUAUUGCUAACCAGCUAGCUUUGUCUUUCUUAUGCUAACGUGCUACCAUUACAAGGGCUUUUGUUACAGGGUGAGACUAGUGUUACUGGGGUGGUUCCUAUAAGUGUGCCGAGUUGGGGCAUGGCCAGUCAGAAUCUAUAAGGGUUCAAGCUAGAAGUCGUCCCUAACCACAGAUCUAGGAUCAGAUUACCCAACCCCCAAAAAAAAAAUCUGACCCUGGACCAGCGGUGAGGAGAAACUUCUACCAACUCACGAGUGCCAUGUUUGGUUCUUCUAAUGGAUGAACCCUCAAUUGGACGCCCACUUCUAAGCUUUGGAAAUUUCGGGCCGAUUGUUAAGGAACCAUCUCUUUUAUUAUGAAGAAAUGGAAAUAUGCAACUCAAAUUAUUUUCAAGUGGCAUUUUUAAUAAAUAUAUUGAUUGUUGAAAGGGGAACAUUGCCAGUGAUUAAAGGGUUAAAAGUGCUUGAAAUAAACCCUUAAAAUAGCAGACUGCUUAGCGGCACCCCAUCCUUACACACGGUAAAUCAUUGGAAAUUAAUUAUUUGAUUUAAUGAAAAUUUCCCCCUCGUACAAAUAAAACAUUUGUUCAGCUUUCUGGGUAUACCAAUUUUCUCAACUCAAGUUGUGUCAUCUAAUAUGUCCAAGCAGGAAUGCAUGAUAAAUCGAUUUCGAUGUGAAAUAGACAUACCUAAACCAGUGAGUGAUUGGCAUUCAUUUUGGAUUGACAAUUAGGCUAUUGUUGCUAGAAUAUUACUGUCAAAAUAGGGCUUCAGAAUUGCAGAUUUAUUUUGUUCAUCAUCAUCAUCUAGACUACUCGGAGCACACAGGGAGAAACGGGGCAAGGCAAACACUUUCAUUGCAGGAAUCAAUAUUGUAUUGUUGGACCAAACCAAAUCAAAUCAGAGUUUUAGCUGCCCCCAAAAAAAUAUCAAGUUUUUGAGUGAAGUGACGUGCUAAAAUGUGUAGUUUGCAUGUGGAUGCGGCCACUUCAAAGUGUAGAAGUGGAAUUUCCACCUCUCCAGUGUGUCUACAAAGGACUGUUUCAGGCCUAGUGCUCAUUUGACUCAUUAUAUGCCUCGCUUUAUUUCACAGCAUUAUUUGAAAGGAUUUUAGGCCUAGUGCUUUAUUUGACUCGUGCUUUUUUAACUCAUUUAUAUACCUCACUUUUAAGAGUUGGGGGGGACAACAGGGCAGCGGGUCAUGAGAUACUGCUGAAGAUUUUAUCCACUGCCUGCUAUAGACUAUAAGCGUAGCAGUGCAGUUUAUACUGUACUGCAUGUUGCAAAUGUAAUAUUACUGUUGUGAGGCCUAAUUGCCAUGGUAAUUAGGAAUGGCCCGUCAAUUAUUAUGGCCCACAAAUGUACAUCUUAACUUACAUCAAAUGCUUUAUGACAGCAUAAUCUCCCAUAGCGGUGCCAAUCCAAACCCCGCAAAAAAUUUAAAAUAUUAAAAAGAGAAAGGGCUCAAUUUGAUCAGAUCCGCUUUAGCCGACAUUUGCAUAUCGCUUGUUUUGGCAGAGCUAGAACCACAUCAAAUCCACAAGCAGCUCUGUGCGGUAGGCUAUUGUGGAAAUUGCCAUUGGAUGGACCGAGUCGCAUUAGUAAUAAUCCUAUGCAGCCUCUACACCUCGAUUAGGCUGACACAAAUCCUUAUUGUUGCUUGACUGCUCUUAAUGUAGUUACACCUCAGACACCGCCAAAACACCAGCUAUGUAGGUGUCAGCUGUCGCCUGUUCACACUUGAUCUGAUUGAAUCCUAGCCUGAGAGCUCCUUUGAAUCAGAUCCGCUUUAGCCGACCGCCGUUGUUUUUGUCGGAGGUGGCACCGCAUUAGAGCUGUCAAAAAAAAAUAAUUGGAUCCCAGCGUUUACUCCUGAAGCGUACAUCGCCAUAUGCUGCAGAGUCGCAUGAACAGAAAUCCCAUAUGCAUCUGUGUUUACAAGUUCAAACACUGGAAUGUGAGAUGUAAUCUACACCUCAAAUAGGAUGGUAAAAAUCUUCAUUCGUUUAAUGAUUUUUCAAUUUGAGGGUAAUCAUUUCUAUAUAACCUACACCUUCUCGUUCGGGAACUGCUAACAUGAGUGGGGCGGGUGUGGCUUCGUGACAAUGAUCGCAAGAGCAGCUGCUUACCGAUUUAUGGCUCCAAUGCAGUUCCACCUCCAACACCUCCAAAACAUUACCGGUUAACACUUAAUCUGAUUGAACAUACUGUAGGUCGUAGUUAGUUUAAAGUCCCCGUUUUUAUUUAGAAGACUUUGGACUAGUGAGCUUUGCAGCCCAAAGGACACUUACCUGAUGGGCUAGUAAGGAAAGGGACCUAACUUUCUAAAUAGGGACCCAAGAGUUCUUUACGCCUCCUGCGGACUGGGCGAGAAGUAGAUUGUCUGCGUCUGGGCAUGAUUAUUGCUAUACCCACUGAGUAGCUGUACCCAUGCUUUUAUAGGCUUUGCCUUGGGGGUGAAAUGACUUCAUAAUGGCACUGACAUGAUGCAAUAGCAACAGUGCCAUUCCAAACACAAAAAUCUGGAAACAAGACAAAGAUUCAGAAAAUUUGCCAAAAAAUGCUAGGAGUAGACCCUCCCUUCAGCUUAGAAAGCUUAGUGUAUUAUAAUAUAGAUAGGGCAGCUUGGUCCAAAAUAAUCACGUUUACUUUAAACAUCUGGACGAAAAACACCCGGCAGUACCUUACUCAAAAUAUCUCCAGCUUGGAAGGUGCUUCAUUAUUUCCCUCUACCAGCAAAGUUCUCGUAAAGUUCCUGCAAGGUUGCUUUAACAUAAGCGACACCCCACAGCAUUUCACUGGAACUCCGCGGGCGGUAGCUCCACCCAAAGAUGUGCAGGAUUGUUCCUCAGUGCCUUGUUGUAUAUUAUGUACACGUGUUCUUUUUUCAAUGGAUUUGGUUUCAAACGUCUAUACAAUUAUCUCUAACUUGAACCACAAAGAAAUAUAUGAGAUGUAACCAUGUUAUUUUUCUCCCAAAGUCAAUUUCAAAGCUUACAGUUGAAAGUAUAACAGCGGUAUACAAUACUGGUCUUGGUCGGUGUAUCUUUUCUUUCUCAUUUGUACUAGCUGUGUUAUAUAUUAAAGGAUGAUUCAAGCAAUAAAUGAAUACCUAUUUA